GCCAGUUAAGAACUCACAGGUACUUUUCCAACCACCCAGAUAGAAGAGAUCAUUAAAACAGUGCAUUCUGUGCUACCUGACACCUAUUGGCUUUGGUCUGCUCUAAACUUAUCCAUCUCCGUCCAUUACUGGAACAACUCCACAAAGUCCUUAUUCCCUAAAACAUCACUGAUACCAUUAAAGCCACUAACAGAGACUGAACUCAGAAUAAAGGAAAUCAUAGAGAAACUAGAUCAGCAGAUCCCACCCAGGCCUUUCACCCACGUGAACACCACCACCAGCGCCACACACAGCACAGCCACCAUCCUCAACCCUCGAGAUAUGUACUGCAGGGGAGACCAGCUGGACAUCCUGCUGCAGGUGAGGGACCACUUGGGACGCAGGAAGCAAUAUGGCGGGGAUUUCCUGAGGGCCAGGAUGUCCUCCCCAGCGCUGAUGGCAGGUGCUUCAGGAAAGGUGACUGACUUCAACAACGGCACCUACCUGGUCAGCUUCACUCUGUUCUGGGAGGGCCAGAUCUCCCUGUCUCUGCUGCUCAUCCACCCCAGUGAAGGGGCGUCGGCUCUCUGGAGGGCAAGGAACCAAGGCUAUAAUAAAAUUAUUUUCAAAGGCAAAUUUGUUAAUGGUACCUCUCAUGUCUUCACUGAAUGUGGCCUGACCCUAAACUCAAGUGCUGAACUCUGUGAAUAUCUGGAUGACAGAGACCAAGAAGCCUUCUAUUGUAUGAAGCCUCAACACAUGCCCUGUGAGGCUCUGACCUACAUGACCACCCGGAAUAGAGAGGUAUCUUAUCUUACAGACAAGGAAAACAGCCUUUUCCACAGGUCCAAAGUGGGAGUUGAAAUGAUGAAGGAUCAUAAACAGAUUGAUGUCACUAAUUGUAACAAGAGUGAAAAAAUAGAAGAGAAAUGCCAAGUUGGAAUGAAGCCUCCUGUCCCUGGCGGUUAUACUUUACAACGAAAAUGGAUAACAACAUUUUGCAACCAGGUUCAGUUAGACACAAUUAAGAUAAAUGGCUGUUUGAAAGGCAAACUCAUUUACCUCCUGGGAGACUCUACGCUACGUCAGUGGAUCUACUAUUUACCCAAAGUCGUAAAAACACUAAAGUUUUUUGAUCUUCAUGAAACUGGAAUUUUUAAGAAACAUUUGCUUCUGGAUGCAGAAAGACACACUCAGAUUCAAUGGAAAAAACAUAGCUAUCCCUUCGUCACUUUCCAGCUCUACUCUCUGAUAGAUCAUGAUUAUAUCCCUCGGGAAAUUGACCGGCUAUCAGGUGACAAAAACACAGCCAUCGUCAUCACCUUUGGCCAGCACUUUAGACCAUUUCCCAUUGACAUUUUUAUUCGCAGGGCCAUCGGUGUCCGAAAGGCUAUUGAAAGACUGUUCCUAAGAAGCCCAACCACUAAAGUGAUUAUUAAGACGGAAAAUAUCAGGGAGAUGCACAUAGAGACAGAGAGGUUUGGAGACUUCCAUGGUUAUAUUCAUUAUCUUAUCAUGAAAGAUAUUUUCAAAGACCUCAACGUGGGCAUUAUUGAUGCCUGGGACAUGACCAUUGCAUAUGGCACUGAUACUAUCCACCCACCUGAUCACGUGAUUGGAAAUCAGAUUAACAUGUUCUUAAACUACAUUUGCUAAGGGAUAAAUACUAUACAAAAUCACUAGGAACCAAUCUCUGCACAUAAUCGCACGUGUAUUGUAAAGUAAGUUUUAUUCAUUUUAGGAACUAAUGAAAAUAAAUUUAAAAGAAUCUGUUUGGGGAGGAAGGCUAUGUAGGGACAAUGACAACUGAUAUGGGAUGCAAAACCAAGAGAAUCAGACAUGAAGAAUGACUAUACCAUGCCUGGUUCUGAUGCUUGUUUAAAAUAUUAAAGAAGUUUUUUAAAAACCA